CUUUGGCAGCACGCACGGCCGAGCUGCCUGGGGGGGACCUGACGAAGCUAGGAGCUGCCUGUCGCGUCCGCCAACGGGUGUUGAAGCAGCUCAGCUCGCCCAUCGAGUUACUAUUACCUGCCACAACCGCCCGAUCCCAGCCGUCGCCAGCAUCUCGCACGACAUAUCCAAACAGCCCAGUAACAGCAGAAAAAACCGACGACUCCAUAAUCUCGCUCGAUUGAUCGCCCGCUUGCACUCCUCCCGACCUGUUCUAACCUGCGCUCGGGUCCGUCGCCAUCAUGUUCAGGAACAACUACGACAAUGAUUCCGUCACAUUCUCGCCGCAAGGGCGGAUAUUCCAGGUCGAGUAUGCAGCAGAGGCAGUGAAGCAGGGCUCGGUAGUUGUGGGGAUUGCAAGCAAGACACACGCAGUGUUGGUAGCAAUCAAGCGCAACGCCGAAGAACUGUCGUCGUACCAGAAGAAGCUGUUCCCGAUCGACGAGAACGUGGGCAUCGCGAUCGCCGGGCUGACGUCGGAUGCGCGGGUGCUGUCCAACUUCAUGAAGCAGCAGUGCCUGGGCCACCGGCUGACGUACGGCCGCAACAUGCCGGUGCGGAGCCUGGUCGAUAUGAUCGGGUCCAAGGCACAGGUCAACACGCAGCACUACGGCAAGCGGCCGUACGGCGUAGGCCUGCUAGUCGCCGGCGUCGACGACCAGGGGCCGCAUCUGUUCGAGUUCCAGCCCAGCGGCAUGACGGAGGAGAUGGUGGCCUUUGCCAUUGGCGCCCGCAGCCAGAUGGCCCGCACCUACCUUGAGAAGAACCUGGACGCGUUUGCCGGCUGCGGCCGCGACGAGCUGGUCCAGCACGGCCUCAAGGCGCUCAAGGAGAGUCUGGUACAAGACCGCGAGCUGACGGUAGAGAACACGAGCGUCGGCAUUGUCGGCGUCGGCAAGGCUGCCGACGGGAGCAUCAAGGUGGAGCCCUUCAAGGUGUAUGACGGCCAGGAGGUGAACGCCUUUAUAGAGAGCGUGGCUGACGACAAAGAGGCCGAGGCCGAGGCCGCUCCUGCUGGGGGCUCGGAAAUGGAGGUCGACGACGAGUAGUGCCCCGUCGAUCUCGUAGGAAUUCUCUCGUCGACAUAUUAGGUCACGCAAAACAUGUACAAUAGAUUUUAGAAACCUCCUCUGAUCCUCGUGGCUCGGUGUUCAGGGCCGCCUAGGAUAGCUUAGUCAACACAGCAACUAGUCGAUGGAGCGACCAGCAGCACGAGUCCAGCAUAGGAGA